AUGUUGCCAUCAGUUCAGACUUCAUCCCCACGGCAUAGCCUUUCUUCACGAAACAAGGUCCAAAACGCCAGCACUUCACGGGCCAACAUGAUCGGGCCCCACCCGAACUUCCUCGACAAGCUCCCCCGCGACCUCUUCUACGUGCACCUCCUCUUGAUCACGGCCCUCAUAGCCUUCCUCGCGAUCUGGGCCGCCCUGUUCCCAGGCCUGGCCCGAAACUUCAACCCGAGGACAUGGUAUGCCAUAACCCUCUCCACAACUGCCCUGUCGGGACUCUCGGCACUCUCAUACCAAGAACUUGUGGGCCUCAGCCCCUCGAAAACCUUCAAAGCCACGUUCUGGCUAAGCCCGCUCCUCACCCUUACGUGGACAAUGCAGAUAAUUAAGAACAUGAUGCAAGUUGCAGUCUCGCACGUCAAGUACAUGCAGUUCGCAUGUGGGGUGGAGCUCGAUUUCGGGCCGGUCGUGAAAGGCACAGCCCGGAACUCGAUGGGGAGCAUCUGUGCAGGCUCGAUUCUUGUGCCAUCUCUGACGGCUGCCCGAGCUGCUGGUCGAGUCGUGGGGUCUGCCUCGGGGGAUUCAGACGAGUUCAUGUUCUCGUGCGCGGGAUGCUGCAUGGGGGCCUCGUCGAGGGCUGUAGCAUACGGGAACCGGUGGGGAUUUGUGCAUGUCGGGGUCUACGGGAAGGGGAUCUUGCGGGCCUCAGCCGACACGUGGGAGAUGUUCGGGCGGGCCGGGAUGGAAGGCCUGAUCGACCGUGACCUCACGAGCUCGUUUUGCUUCCUGUGUGGGGUUGCAGGUGGGGCAGUGUCUGGGCUAGUUGGGGGGGUUUGGGCGCUUUUUGUUCACGGGAGGUAUGCAACAGAAGUGUGUGUGUACACCUUCUUGGUUGGGUAUUUCACGAAUAGAGUGGCAAUGGCAUGGAUACAAGCUAGUGUUAUGGCAUAUUAUGUUGCUUAUGCAGAAAAUCCACAAAGCCAGCAAUUUGAUGAUACUAUCCCAGCUUACAUCAGGCAGCAUCAAAGAUCACAAGUGUAA